UUGGGCAGUGGCAGUACAUACCUGCGAGUGGUGCGACAAUAUCGCUGCGAAGUCCCGCCUAACACAUGUUGUACAGUGGUUGGAGAUACUACAGUUACGCCGGUGAUUUCGGGAGAUUUCCCACAACUUCGUUGUGCGCUUUCUACGCCAGCAUUCACACGACUGUCCACGUCGGUUAACAAGAGAGAACAUCCUUCGUCAGUUUUGCGCUUACGCACACAGAUGCUCUGUCACAGCGAUACGUCCGAACGAUUCUUACACUACCUGUCAAGUGAUCCUUACCAGACAUCCAAAUGCGAAGAAGUGCGUGCGCUUUUGGAAUAUAUACGCAGCCAAAGCAGUAUCAUGACUGGAAUCGGGAACUUUGAUCCGUGGCUUGUAAACUUGAUAGACACGGAAGAUUUUUCACAGUUUUAUGCACACUACAUCCGACUUUUGUACACAAAGUCUCCAACAGACUGUAUUUCUCAACCGGCCAACCAGUUUGUCUACAAUUUCAUUGAACUUCAGGUGGUUGUAUGGAAUCUAACGGACAAGGCAGAUUCACUAUGCUUGAAACUGAUAAAUAAAGAUGUACAUGGAGAGCUGUUCAGAUUGAUCGGACUCUCUCAAUUCGAUCCGUCGCAUUGUUUGGAAGAACGCAACGCUCGACUUAUCGUCCACUCAUCGAUUGGUAUACUUCAUAAUCUGGUCAGAAGCGUACCCACUAUUAGGUCUUGGUACCGACAAGCCGACGGAACUCAGAUAUUGUCGCGGUUCCUAUCUUAUGCGGAUUGGAAUACGGACUCCAUUGGACAGCCCCUUCUUCAAUAUUUCUCAGUGCUGACCGCAGUUUUACUCUUACUCUCAUUCUUAGUCUCCGAGAGCGAGAACGAUGUUCUCCUCGCUAACGACAAAUAUUUUGUUUACCUAAGCAAAGUAUUGGAAGAUGCUUUGGACUCGACAACUCUACAAUCCUGCAAAUAUGGUUAUGGCGCUAAUGAACUGUUCGCGGGCUUGCAGAAUUUGGCUGGAUCAGAUGAAAAUAAAAAGGCACUUAUAAAAAAUGGCGCAUUUUCUUAUAUCAAAAAGGCGUUGAAUAUGGGAUAUCAUUCAAGGUAUCAUGGGCAACAGGAACAAUCUUUUAGUAUGCCCACGAUGGACCUUCAAGUUCAUGAUUUGAUGGGAAAUGCUUUGGAACUAUUGUGGUGCCUAUCUUUCGUGCCUGAAUGUGUCGAUCACCUUGUUCCUGGUUCCGAACUCCGUCGGAUGAUAGACCAAAUUUCUGAAGGCAAGAACUGGCCUGCAGACUGGCGAAAAGCAGCAAGUGGGAUUUGUUGGAACCUCAACAGAUCUAGAGCCACGCCAUUGGUUAAUCCAAUUCAAGUUGAUGCUAUGAUGGCCACCGAGCGCUUGCAAUCAAGACGUGGGAAACACCUAAUGAUUAGUUAUAAGCAUAGCACACAACAGAUCAUGUUGAAGGUUCGCGACGAAUUACGCUGUCGUGGCUAUAUUGUUUGGAUGGAUGUUGAAAACAUGUAUGGUUCUUUCGUCGAUGCCAUGGCUAAGGGAAUUGAGCAGGCUGCUGGAGUAAUCCUUGGUAUUUCACAAGAGUUUAAAAACUCCCCACAUUGUCGCCAAGAGGUGAAAUACGCUUAUUCUCUUGGAAUUCCACUGUUCCCGUUGACAUUGGAGCCGGACUUCUUCGCGGAUGGUUGGCUUGGAAUUUUGCUGGCUGCGCUUCCACGCAUUUCCCUCACUGAUGAGUCUAUGGUUCCGGACGCUGUGGCUCAUCUAGCCAAACAGUUAGGCGUACGAGGCCACAUGUCCGAGUGCAAUUCCGGUAGCGAGGCACAGUUUUCGAGGACGUUGGAUGAACGGUCGGCGAUACUAUCUCUCCUUGGGAGGUCCACUCAAAGUUCUUCUGGUCACCACAAUGAACGAAUUAAUUUACCCGGCUCUAUUGAUUUCAAGUCAGAUGCUUCAAGGAUAGCCCUCCAUCACCCAACUACUACGCACCAUCCCGGUCAAGAGUGUGAAAAACCAGUCAUAUCCUCUCAUUCAUUGAUGCCACAAAUGGCCAACGUCUACUUUUGGUCAGAACUGGAGGUGUGUGAAUGGCUGGACAAAGCCAACCUUUCAUCGUAUCGGGGGGCAUUCUCAAAUGUGAAUGGCCAGAUGUUGGUGGAAUUGGCUCGCCUAAGAUUAGUUUCACUGGAUGCAUUAUGCGAAGGCUUAUUCAGGAAUUUGGGUAUGAAGCUCACAGACCAGUUACGUCUACUCGCAGCCCUUCACCAACUGUCUUCUACCAAAUUGUAGGCUUUCGCGCUACUCUCUCGCGUGUUUUUCAGUCAUCAGGUUCUUUCCGACCUCGUCUUUCUUAGCCAUUCUGCAGCUUUUUGAGAUUCUUUGUCCAUUUUCUACUUGAAGUUGUUAUUGUAUUUUCUUGUCGCAUUUAUUAUUACUUAAUGGCAUUUUGUGUGGUCUGUUCUGCCUAUUCGGCUGAAAGUUGCACGGACUCAACUACAGUUCACAACGU